GUGAAAUGAAACAAUGAUGCCGAUAAAGGACAAUCAAGAUGUGGCAUGCUUUUUAGUUACCAAGCAUUCUACAUGGAAAGGAAAGUACAAGCGUAUCUUCUCCAUUGGCUCAAUGGGAAUAACAACAUAUAAUCCUAGCACAUUGGAAGUGACAAACAAAUGGGAAUAUUCUGAUUUUAUAAGUGUACAGCCAAUAAAUAGAAAUCAAUUAGGUUCUCAUGAAUUUACUAUAACUGUACGUAAGGAGCGGAAAAAUGAGACCAUGAAGUUUAGUUCUGAACAUAGAUCACAUCUAUUGACAGAAGCACUCAAAUACAGAAACCAUGUUGAAAAAUCUAAAGAAAUUUUGCGAUAUCCAGCUUACAAGCAUCAUUGGUCUGAUACAAGAUUACCUAUCGUAUUAGAAAUAACACCAUAUAGUCUUGAUCAACUAGAUCCUGCGACAAACAUGAUAUUAGCUAGUUAUUGUUAUAAAGAUUUUGAAGGGCUUUUAACAAUGAAAGAUUAUCCCAAUGGAUUUGUAAUUGUAUGUGGUGGGUUUGGACGCUUGCAUCUUUUUGCUUCUAAACAUAUGGAAGAAAUAAAAAAGAAAUUGCAAGAAGCUGCAUUAAAUAAUUUGGGCAUUAAUAUAAAAAUGUUGAAAGAGCCUAUAAGACUCGAUGAUUUCAUUGCUCAAAGAUUAGGGAAAUUUAGCAGCGAUGAGCACAUAACAAGCGUAUCAGAAUUUACUGUUCAUAAAAUCUCAUCUAGGCAUUUGGAUCCUCAAAGAAGAACGCUUUGUCUUUCCGAUACUUGCCUGUUGGAAAGAGAUCCUCAAACGUAUAAUAUUUGUACUCUUAGGCCACUGUCAGACAUUUUUACUUUGGUUCGUGAUAACGAUAAUCCCCAAUUGUUUACUAUACAAUAUCUUAAUGGUCAAAUGCGCAGUUAUACUGCGACAAAUAGAGAUUCGUUAUUAGCAUCUUUACUGGACGGUGUAAGAGCAUCCGGUAAUAGAGACGUCCAUGUGAAGAUGUAUCCCACAGCCAGAGGUAAAAGACUCGGACCUUUCAAUCUAUCUGUUGACGAAGAAGUCGAAACGACACAUGUCAAAUUCCUUCAGCAGCCGCCUGGAGGACGUACAUUUGCUGACAUUUUGGAGCGAUUUAACGCAAAUAUACCGUACAGCGGACUUAAUUACUCCGUUACACAAGAUGAAGUUGUACCGCUUGAAUGGACUGUAACGACAUUACAACUCCAAGUACAUCGUAUUACGAAUGAUUACUUACAGGGGAUUUUUACUGAAAACAAAGACAAGAUUAUUCUCGGAGCUUUAAAUACUUUGAUCAAUAAAGAUCUUGAGACAAAUAGUGAGAUUGAAGCACAAUUUCAUGCACUGCGAAGAUUGGUGGCUAGCAAAAUCGGUUUUGCUGCAUUUACAACACUUUCUGGCUUUAGAGAAACCGUUGGUACCAAAGUCGUGAAGGCUUUAAAGAGACAUAAUUGUGGUAUAACGCAAGCUGCCAUAGAUUGUAUUUGCGCUUUAAUGCAACCAAUGCAUGAUGAUUGCGAUUUAAGACAAGAACAAUUGAAUAAAAGUAGUCUACUCAGCAGUAACAAGUUUUUAGAAAGUUUACUUGAAAUGUGGGUUAAUCACAUUAAUCAUGGUACAGGUGCACUGGUAGUUUCUGCUAUGCUCGAUCUUUUAACAUUUGCCCUGUGUGUACCAUACAGUGAAACUACUGAUGGCAAACAUUUCGAUAAUCUUUUAGAAAUGGUUGCUACAAGAGGUAGAUCAUUGUUUAAAUUGUUUCAACAUCCUUCAUUGGCUAUUGUCAAAGGUGCUGGACUGAUAAUGCGAGCGAUCAUUGAAGAGGGUAUACCUGAAAUAGCAGCAAAAAUGCAAGAACUGGCACUUGCAGAAGGAGCUCUACCUAGGCAUUUAUUAAAUAGUUUAUUUAUUGUCGGUAGUGAUAGCAGACUAUUAACGCAUCGACAAUUGUGCCGACAUUUAGUAGGUUUGUGGGUUACGGGACAUCCAACAGCUAUGGGAUUAUUGAAACGAAUUAUGCCGGUAGGUUUGUUGAAUUAUUUGGAUUCUGAUGAAAAAGUACCGGACUCAUUCCUAGAAGAAGAGAAAUUAAACAAUCGUGACAAUUUAAAAAUAGCUAUAGAUCAUGCAUCAAGAAAUAAAAAGAGUCCACAAUGGAUCGCUAUCGAACGUCAGAUGCGAGUAGUCGAAAAACACGUAGAAAAUGCUUUGCAACAUUGGGGUGCUCGUAUUGGAAUAGAACGGAGAGAAAAGAUUAAAGAGCGUCCGAUAGUUUUAAGGAAACGUAGAGAACGAAUUAAGUCUGAAGCAAAUUGGAAAUUAUUCUAUUAUAAAUUUAAUCAAGAUCACGCACUGCCAAAUUUAAUUUGGAAUCACAAAACGAGAGAAGAAUUAAGAAUAGCUUUGGAACAUGAAAUACGCGCAUUCAGUUCAGAUAAAGAUUUAGCUGGUGGAACUUUGAUUGCGUGGAAUCACAGAGAAUUUGAGGUGCAAUAUCAAUGUCUUUCGGAUGAAGUUAAGAUUGGAGAUUAUUACUUGAGGCUUUUAUUGGAAAAAGAUAGUCCAGACAGUCCUAUAAGAAAAUCAUACGAAUUUUUUAAUGAUUUAUAUCACAGAUUUUUAUUGACAGCGAAAAUUGAAAUGAAGUGCCUUUGCUUGCAAGCAAUGACGAUAGUGUAUGGUCGAUAUUAUGAAGAUAUUGGUCCAUUCUCAGAUACAAAAUACAUCCUGGGAAUGUUGGAGCGUUGUGCGGACAGAACGGAGCGUGAUAGGCUAGUCAUGUUCAUAAAUAAACUUAUAUUACAUAGGCGAAAUGUCAAAGAUAUAAUGGAUCAAAAUGGCGUACGAUCUUUAGUCGAUCUAUUGACAUUGGCACAUUUACAUACUUCCCGAGCUGUCAUACCAACGCAAACCAAUGUGAUAGAGGCAGGUCCACAGCAGGAACGAAUGGAAAAAGAAUGGUAUUACAAUAAUGGUGAUCAACGCGAAGGUCCGAUGAGUCUAAGAGAUUUGAGAGAAUUGUAUGCUUCAAAUCACGUGACUCAUAAAACAAAAGUUUGGGCGCAGGGAUUAGAUGGAUGGAAAACAAUUUCACAAGUGCCACAAUUAAAGUGGAGUCUUGUUGCGAAGGGAACUUCCGUGAUAAAUGAAAGUGAACUAGCUAAUUUAAUACUAAACAUUUUAAUCAAGAUGUGUGAAUAUUUCCCAAGUAGAGAUGCUGAUGACGCGGUAAUCAGGCCCUUGCCACGUGUAAAGCGAUUGCUAUCAGAUCUUCAAUAUCUGCCACAUAUCGUACAGCUUUUGUUAACAUUUGAUCCAAUCCUCGUUGAAAGAGUCGCUACAUUGUUAUGCGAAGUGAUGCGAGAUAAUCCUGAUGUGUCAAAAAUUUAUCUUACCGGCGUAUUUUAUUUUAUCUUAAUGUACACUGGUUCUAAUGUCUUGCCGAUUGCAAGGUUCUUACAAUUGACGCACAUUAAACAAGCUUUUAGGAACGAUGAUAACACUUGUUCAGAUAUCAUGCAACAAAGUAUUCUCGGUCAACUAUUGCCUGAUGCAAUGGUAAGUUAUUUAGAGAAUCACGGAGCAGAGAAAUUUGCGCAAAUAUUUCUUGGAGAUUAUGAUACACCGGAAGCAAUUUGGAAUGCAGAAAUGCGACGAAUGCUUAUCGAGAAAAUUGCUGCGCAUAUUGCAGACUUUACUCCCAAAUUACAAGGACAUACCAUGGCCAGGUAUCAAUAUAUCGCUAUUCCUGCUAUACGAUAUCCACAAUUGGAAAAUGAAUUGUUCUGCCAGAUAUUCUAUCUUAGACAUCUUUGUGAUACUGUUAAAUUCCCGCAGUGGCCUAUCUCAGAACCUGUGCAGUUACUAAAAGAUGUAUUAGAUGCGUGGAAAAGAGAAGUAGAGAAAAAACCACCUUUAAUGACUAUGGAGGAAGCUUAUAAGCAACUUGGCUUAACUAGUGGAAAGCAUCAUGAUGAAGCGAUCGUCAGGAAAUCAUUUUAUAAAUUGGCUCAAAUAUAUCAUCCUGACAAAAAUCCUGAAGGCAGGGAUAAGUUUGAAGCUGUUAGCCAAGCAUACGAAUUUCUAUGCAGUCGCAAUUGUUGGUCAACGACUGGACCUAAUCCUGACAAUAUUGUUUUGAUUUUAAGUACUCAGAGCAUCCUUUUUCAUAGAUAUACAGAUGAGCUUAGACCGUACAAAUACGCUGGUUAUCCUCAAUUAAUCAAAACUAUUAAGUUAGAAACGGAUGACGAACGGUUAUUUUCAAAAUCUGCUCCAUUGCUAGCAGCUGCAAGCGAACUUGCGUAUCAUACGGUACAUUGUUCGGCUUUAAACGCCGAAGAAUUGCGAAGGGAGGGUGGUUUAGACGUAUUGUUGGAAGCGUAUACGCGAUGCGUAUCAGUAUUAAGCAGAUCGAGUAAAUCCACCGAUGUAGCAGUGCAAGUUUGCAUGUAUAUCACUAGAUGUUUCGCUGUUGCCGGAUCAUUUCAAGGAUGCAGAGAUAAGAUUAUCGAAUUGCCGCAACUUGUAAAAGAUCUUUGCAGAAUACUGCAUUUUAAGCAUUUAACAAAAUUAUGUGCAGUUGCUACAGAGUGUAUUUCAUCUCUCGCUAUAGAUAGCAUAUUACAAAUGCAGUUAUUACAAUCUGGUGCUUUAUGGGAUCUGUUGCUCUUUAUGUUCAAUUAUGAUUAUACAUUAGAAGAAGGUGGAGUAGAAAGAAACCAGGAUGAGAAUCGUCAGGAAGUAGCCAACAAUUUGGCUAAAUUGGCAGUUCACGCUUGUGCUCGAUUAGGUGGUUAUAUGAAAGGCGAUAAUGAAACACCUGUUAAUCCCGUUACAGUUGCUGCUUUGGAAAGUUUAUUAACUCCUUAUUUAGCACGUCAGCUUAUUAAAGAUAAACCCGAAGAAAUUUUAAAGAUAUUGAAUUCUAAUUGUUUAAAUCCAUAUUUAAUUUGGGACAAUGGGACUAGAGCAGAAUUAAAUGAAUAUUUAGAAUUGAAACGACAAGAGAGAUUAAAUAAUAGCGGCAAUUUUGAACAUGAUUUUAGCGAUUUUAAGUAUACUGUCCAUACUGACGAAUUAGUAAUCGGCGAAAUAUUUGUGAAGGUAUACAAUGAACAACCAGCGUAUCUAAUUGAGAAUCCCAAAGGUUUUACAAUAAACUUGCUCGAAUUUCUGUCACUAUCUUCGGAAUAUUUAACAUCCUUGGGAAGUAUUAUUUCGAUUAAAAAGGAUCAAGAGAAAUUGGAGCACAUUGUGAUGGCGCUUAAAGCUCUGAAUAAUAUUAUAAAAAAUAAUCCUGGCAUUGAAUUACAGUGUAUGGGACAUUUUAAAUUGCUGUUUGGACUUUUGAACUGUAGUAAUUUUAAAUUGAUUCAAAAGAGCGCUCUAGAAGUAAUCAGUAAUGUUACCAAGAAUCAAGAAUGUGUUGACGAUAUUGCUGCAAAUGAAGUUGUUGUGUAUUUAUUGUUAUGUUUGCACAGUUUAAAAGAGUAUCAGCUUCUUGCAUUGGAAACAUUGUAUGCCCUGAUGAGUUCAACUAAAAUUGUAAAAGAUGCAUUAUCAAAAGGAGCUGUUGUAUACAUUCUUGAUCUCUUUUGCAACUCAAGUAAUAUUCAUAUAAGAGAAAAAGCGGCUGAAUUACUUGCAAAAAUGUCAUCCGAUAAAUUAGCUGGACCAAAAGUUAAACUUGAUCUGUCAAAAUUUUUACCUAGAUUAUUUAGCGAAGCUAUUCGCGAUGCACCUAAGCAAUGUGUACAUAUGUUUGAAACACAGCACGAAAAUCCUGAAUUGAUAUGGGAUGAUGAUGCAAAAGCUAGAGUAGCAAAAAUUAUUGCAGAAUUAAAAGACGAAUACCAUGCAUUACAGAGGCGAAAUCCUAAUGCCAUAUUAAAGUUACCUGAUACGCAAAGUAACAUCGAUAUCGCGACGAAUGAACCUGUCGUAGGUGGUGUGUAUCUUCGAUUAUUUAUAGCCAGUCCUGCUUGGGCACUUAGGAAACCAAAAGAAUUCUUAAGUGAGUUGAUGGAUACUACGUUUACAUUAAUGUCCAAGGACAAGACUAAUACGGAUAUGUUGGAAUUAACGACGCAGGCUCUUGUGUGUUUACUCCAAGCGCAACCUACUUUGGCAGACCAAGUACCAUCUUUGGGUCAUAUACCUCGACUCUGUCGACAGAUGGCUACCCAGAAUAGUCAACCAUCGGUAUAUAAAACAGCUAUAUUAAUUUUACAUCAAUUAGCUACAAGCGAAAUUUGUAUUUCAUCUAUAUGCCAAACGGAAUGCAUAAGUCCACUGAAGCAUGCGAUGCAAUUGAGGAGAGACAUGAUCGCGGUUGCAUGCGAGACACUGAAUAGAUUAUUUUCGACGAAUGAAGAUAGACUUGUUAAACAGGCAUUAGAUGCCGAGAUGGUACCAUAUCUCUUAAAUAUAUUAGAAGGACGAUUAGAUAUUGUUGAAAAUCCUGCCACAACCAAAGCACAAAUAGUAAAAGCUUUAAAAGCCAUGACAAAAAGUUUACUUCUCGGUGAAAAAGUUAAUGCCAUUUUGGAAAAGUCGAGUGUAUGGGCAGAGUAUAAGGAUCAGCGACAUGAUCUGUUUAUUUCGAAUAAUACCAUUUCUGGUUAUCUGACAGCUGGAACACCAGUAUCUGCUGGCUAUUUAACUGCAGGGCCAAGUACUACUUUGACCACGGGCCCACCACCAGUAGAAAAAGACGAUAGUUUAAUUAAUAGAAACGAUAGCACCUGAUAUAGAUAAUAUUGUAAGUGGUACAA